CGUCAAAACUCUUAUCAUAUUUUCUUAUCUUCUAAACUCUCCUUAUAAAAAACCUUAUUUGCCUUAAAUUUGGGGAAAAAGAUGAAAAUUUAUAUUUAUUUUAAUUAAUCAGCUCUUACAAAUUACCCAUCAUCUUCAAAUCAAAUUCCAAUCUGUGUUUUUUUUAUUAGUAGAAAAAAAAAAUUGUUUUUCUUCAUCUAUCCCCAAAUUUUAGGUGUUUAUUGUAUAUAUAGAUAGAUAAAUAUAGAUUAGAUAUUCCAACAUAUAUAAUCUUAUCUAAAUACUAAUCAAAACAAAACUGUGACAAAAAAAAAUAAAUUCAAAUUAUCUGUUUUGUUUUUUGAAAAUCUUGAUUUAGUGAAGUUAGAAAGUGUGAGAAUUUUGGUGUUUUAGAAAAAAGAAAAAAAAUGGUUGGUGGUGGGAUUAAGAAGGAUGAUCCAAUUGCAAUUAACAGCACAAAUGUGUUUGCUGCACUUGGGGCUUUGAAAAAGAAGAAGAAAUCGGAUAAAGAGUCGAAAAAGGGAGGCGGGUCGAAAAAGAAACAGGAUAAAGUGAGUAAGAAGGAGGAGCAGGUGUUUUGGGCUCCGGCGCCUUUAACGGUGAAAUCGUGGGCGGAUGUGGAUGAUGAGGAUGAUGAUGAUUAUUAUGCUACCACAGCGCCACCGCAGGUUUGGGGCGGUAUGGAUGGCAAGCAGCAUGAGAAAGUGAAAGGGAACGAGACUCCGGUUGAGGAAAGUGAAAGUGAAGAUGAAGGUCUUGAUGAAGUUGAUGAUGACAAUGAUGAAGAAAAUGAUCAUGUAUCAGAAAUAGUGGCUGAAAAAGAACCGGUUGUCCAGAAGCCUGCUGAAAAAGAGUCUGUUGUUCCCAAGGACAAUGACAGACAACUCUCCAAGAAGGAAUUGAAGAAGAAAGAACUUGCUGAACUUGAAGCAGUGCUUGCUGAACUCGGUUUAGCUGAAAGCAGUGUCCAGGAAGAUGCUCGUGGUGGCCAAGAAAAGGCGGAGAAUCAAAAUGGAGAGGUUGAGAAGAAAGACAAAAAUGUUUUGGGUGGUGAGAGCAAAAAUGCUAAAAAGAAAAAGAAAAAGGACAAGUCAUCCAAGGAUGCCAAAGAACAAGAGCAGGUCACAAAUGGACCAGAUACUGGGAAUUUAGCAUCAGAAGUUACUGGAUUGGAGAAAGCUGAAGGGUUAUCAGGAAUUGAUGUGAAAGAGAAGAUAAAGAAAGUGGCUGCUGCUAAAAAGAAGAAAUCUAACAAGGAAAUGGAUGCUGCUGCAAGAGCUGCUGCUAGUGAGGCAGCAGCAAGAAGUGCCAGGCUUGCAGCUGCUAAGAAGAAAGAGAAGAAUCACUACAACCAGCAGCCUGUGCGGUAAGCGGUUUUUUAAUACUGAUAUGAUAUGCUGCACAAGCGAGCAUGGAUCGAGUGCAUAAUAAAAACUCUGCAUUUUGGUUUUAUUUUGGGAUGAAGUCUUUACAAAGCAAUAUUUUUGGUUUUACUUCGAAAGUUGCUAGACUUCUAGGUUUUCAUACCGUACUUUAUUGGUAGUUUAUCGCAUCCCUUGUAGAGAGUAGAAACACUGAUGGAUGUUUACUAAAUCUUCAUUUUGGUUAAUGGAUGGUUGUUUUCGUCUUCUUUUUUUAAA